AUCAAGUUUCCGAUGUAAUUUCUGUGUUUCAAUCCAUAAGAGAAAACGUUGAUUUAAAAUUUAACAAUAUUUAUAAAGAAGCCAAAGAUAUUGCUGAAAAGUUAAAUAUUGAACCAAAAAUGCCUCGUAUUUGUAGCAGUCAAAGAAAUAGAAGCAAUGUACCAUCUAACAACAUUGAAGAAUAUUACAAAAAAUCUAUUUUUAUACCGUACUUGGACGAUUUGAUGAUGGCAUUAAAUGAACGAUUUAUACCUCACAAUGAAACUAUAACUUCAUUACAAUAUGUCUUACCAAGUAUUGUAGUUGAAAAACCAUUUUCUUAUUUAAAAAAAGCUGUUGAAUUUUAUGAAAAUGAUUUACCGGGGCUAAAUGACGUUAUAGAAGCAGAGUACGAAAUUUGGCAAGCUAAGUGGAAGAAUAUUGAAGACAACUUAAGGCCCACAACUGCUAUAGAGGCUUUGAGUGUCUGUGAUAAUUUAAUGUAUCCAAACAUGUAUGAAUUAAUAAAAAUACUAGCUAUAAUACCAGUAUCAACCGCUACAGCUGAGCGCAGCUUUUCGACGUUGAGAAGACUCAAAACGUAUUUAAGAAAUACAACUUCAGAAUCCAGACUAGUGGGACUUGCCCUUUUAGCUAUUCAUAGAGACAUUGACAUACCAGAUGAAAUUUUAUUAGAUAAAUUUGCUAACAGUGGCAAAGAAAGAAAUUUAAAUUUGAUUUGA